AUGCCACAAACCACAAUCACACACUCUGCGAGUAACGAAAACGACUAUAAAGUAGCAAAGGCAAAGACAAAGACAAAGGUCCUUUCAGAACAGCUGUCGAGUCUACCACAUGACAGAUCGUCGCAGGAGCCAUUCGAUGCUAUUCAAGCAACAGAUGAGGAAAAUAGACCACCAAGAUCAGUCGUGAAGGAAAGUAAGCUAAACACAACUAACACAACAACAACAAACACAACAAACACAACCACGCGUCAAUUCUUGGGCGAUGUAUCAAAUCAAUACCACAAUAGUGGUCUCAAGCCAAUACUGCAAACACAACUGCAAAUACAACUACUGAAAAAGAGGAAACCUCUCGCCAGAGACAUUCAACCAUUACAAAACAAAAUCAACAGAGUUAUACCAAUAGUUCCAGACACGGUUGAUACGUCACACAAGCCCCAGCUGGCGAACCUUCUUGUACCUUCGCGAUUACCGCAAAAGAGACAAGCAACGGAAUCUUCAACAAACUUGGUUGAAAAAUUGAAAAUAACAGAUCAUCAACCUCAUCAAGCCUCUGCGUCGUCAAACGCUAUUGCAUCAACCUCAACUUAUAAGAAAUCUCGUUUGAUUGAUUACGAGUGGCAGGAUCUUGAUGAAGAAGAUGACGACGAUCCGUUAAUGGCCAGCGAAUACGUCAACGACAUUUUUGCAUACUUUUACGAAUUGGAGCAGCGAAUGUUGCCAGACCCACAAUACCUUCACAAGCAGAAAAACUUGAAACCCAAAAUGAGGUCGAUAUUAGUUGAUUGGUUGGUGGAAAUGCAUUUGAAGUUUAAACUACUCCCCGAGUCCUUGUUUCUCGCUAUCAACAUAAUGGAUCGAUUCAUGUCGAUUGAGGCAGUUGAAAUCGACAAGUUGCAAUUAUUGGCCACUGGCUCAUUGUUCAUUGCAGCAAAGUACGAGGAAGUCUUUUCGCCGCUGGUGAAAAACUAUGCCUUUUUCACCGAUGGCUCAUAUCUGGUGGAGGAAAUUUUGCAAGCUGAAAAAUACAUCUUGACUGUGUUGAACUUUGAUUUAAAUUACCCAAAUCCAAUGAAUUUUCUUCGGAGAAUAUCCAAGGCAGACGACUACGACGUUCAAUCUAGGACGUUGGGGAAAUACCUUUUGGAAAUUACAAUUAUAGAUUACAAAUUUAUCGGAAUGAAACCGUCCUUGUGCUGUGCCCUGGCCAUGUACUUGUCGCGCUUGAUAUUGGGCAAGGUUCCUGUGUGGAACGGGAAUUUGAUCCAUUAUAGUGGAGGAUACCGCAUCAACGACAUGAGAGAAUGUGUCGAGCUAAUGUUUCAGUACAUCAUCUCCCCCAUCGAGCACGACGAGUUUUUCAAAAAGUAUGCCAUGAGAAAGUUCAUGAGAGCAAGUACAUUGUGCCGCAAAUGGGCAGAAAAGUUUCAGAUGGAAAAUAGAGAUUUGUUUGAUGAAAGUUUAUCCACUCAUCGAUUAACGAUUGACGUGGAUAACUAA